GAACGCGCCUUGUUCUUUAUAAAAUCGGCGUUAUUUAUUUCUCGCUACUUAAUAAAAUUUAAAAUUACCGCUAAAUUCGGAAAAAGGGUUUUCUUAAAUAACAAGAAAAUUACAAUAAUAACUGAAAGUUACUUUUUAAGUAUAAAGCUAAAAGUGUAUAAUUGACAAAACAACUACUUUAAGAUACAUAAGAAAAGGCAAAAUUUUAUCAAAAUGGCAUCGACGCAAAGAAUAGUAACAAAAACUGACGAUGGACGAUACGUUAUAAUAAAUCCUGAUGGUCGUUCGGUACCUUUAAAGCUAGCAAACUCUCAAAAAGAAACAUCAGAACCGAAGAAAUAUAUCGUUAAAUCGAGUUCUGGUCAAGUGAUUGUUGCAUCACAAGGAGGUGUGAAAACUGAAAAACCUUCAACAUCAUCGUCCAUUGUUGGCACAGCAUCAAGCAUCACAAUUGGAAAGAAAGCUCAGCCUUCAUCAAAUGUCAUUAAAAUCACUUCACCAACAUCUCCAACUGGAAAAAAUGUUCAAGUUGUUCGUGUUCUCAAUUCAGGUGCUUCAUCGUCAGGAACACAAAAAGUUAUACAAGUUCCGCGGUCAAAUGCUCCUCGUAUUUUGAAUCAGUCAAUAGGAACAUCAGAUGUAAAGGAAGAGCAGUCGCAACGUCCAGUCACUGUCGUUCGAAAAGUCAUUAGUGACUCUGAAGAUUCUCCUCCAGUCAAGAAGACCAAGUAUAUCACUCUGACGACAUCCCAGAUAAAUCAAAUUGAAGGAGCUACAAUAAUGGGUGGAGGAAAAUCAAAACGAAUUGUAAUGUUGCCUUCAAACUAUCGUGAGCAGUUGGAAAAGAUCUCAACUCGUCCAACUCAAGCUACGAGUGGACAAACAACAUUUAAAAUUGUUCAAGAAACAAGAUCGCCACCAUUGGAAAUCGAUCCAGUCAAUCAAUUUUCUGUUGGACGCAAAUCAAAACGUCCAUGUAAUUGUACAAAGUCGCAAUGCUUAAAAUUCUAUUGCGAUUGCUUUGCAGCUGGCGAAUACUGUUCAGGCUGCAAUUGCAAAGACUGUCUUAAUGAACAUGACAGUGAAGAACGAGAAAGAGCCGUUAAAAUGUGUAUGGAAAGAAAUCCGUUUGCUUUCAAAUCGAAAGAAGCAACUGAAGAACAACAACGUUUACAUCAGCGAGGUUGUAAUUGUAAACGAUCAGGGUGUUUGAAGAACUAUUGCGAGUGCUACGAAGCAAAAAUUUCUUGCUCGGCCAACUGCCGAUGUUUGGGCUGCAAAAACGUCGAUGACGUUGAUGAAAAGAUGGAAAUGGAGCUUCAGUAUUUGAAACAAUGUGGAAAACGUGGACAAUUUAAUGAAGAGAUUUAUGAAAAGAAUCUUGCAGCGCUUAAGAAAGUCACCGAUUUAAAUGAAAUUGUAAAGAAACCAUACAAUUUCAUGACACAAGAUGUCAUCGAAGCAACCGUUCAAUGUAUGAUUGCUCAAGCUGAAGAAUGUGAAAAGAUUAACGUGACAAAGAAACAAGGCGAGAAAAUGAUUCUCGAAGAAUUCAGUCGAUGUCUUCAAGAAAUUAUUGAGUUCUCUGCAAAAAAUAUUGAUUAAGUUGUCCUAGAAGGUUGUUCUUUUCUUCAACAAUUUUCAUUUUUCAUUUCUUUAUUUUAAGCACAUUUCUUCAUCUUUUUUCUUGAAAAUAAGUUUAGAAAAUAUUUCAUUGUAUAACCAAGAAUAGAAAGAAUAAAACUUUAUCGAAAUUUAUUCGCUGUCGUCGUCCAUCGUCACUUCCUGUGUUGAUCCAGUAACAGGUUCGUUUGUAAAAGUACUUUUAACGCUAUCUAAAUCAAUUAGAUUUGUGACCAUGAAAUUCAUUUUUUUCUUGUCACCACCGAGUGCAAUUAUAAAAUUAUUUUCAGGAAUUUCAGCAAGACAAUGAAUUCUUCCAAGUUUAAAAUGAUGUGAAUGAACUGGAUGACAUGAUGUUGAGUCGUAUUUCCAUAUUUUCACCAGACAAUCAACAGACGACGAUGUAAGCAUGUUAGGUGCAGUUUUAUUGAAACCAAAGUCUGUUAUUUCCUUCUCAUGUGCGUCAAUUGUCCAAAGUGGCUCCGUUGUUCGUGAAUCAAAGUAAUGAAUUUUACCAGUGUUAGUUCCAGCUACAAAAUUAUAUUUUUCAUUGGGAUUCCAUUUAACUUUUUCAACUUCUCCUUCGACGAUCCAUUGCUUGUAUUGAGAUCCUUCGUUGUCGCUUUGACGGCAAUCAAAAAGUUUGAUUGUGUUGUCGCUGCUUCCAGUUAAAAGAUAUUCUCCUUCUGACGGAUUGAAUUCUAACGUUUGAACUUUCUCAGCGAAGUCUUUGAGAAUAGUUGAUGGUGUUGCGUUUUCCAGAUCCCAUAAGAUUACAGUUUGAUCGACAGAAGCACUGGCGAGAAUGUGUUGAAAGUUUGGAUUCCAUGCCAAGUCAAGAACAGCAUCCUUGUGACCGAUUCUUUUGAUAUUCUUUUUCUUACUUGGUUUCUUUCCUAAUUCCAUGACAGGUUCUAAUGGUUGAUGAAUGUCUAAAUCAUAUAUGUGGAUUAUUGGCUCCAUUCCUCCAAUAGCACAAAGAUUUCCAGGUUGUUGACUUCCAGGAUCGUAACUGAAUGGUUCAACACAUAAUAUGUGAAAUGGCAACAUAAAAUCAUGAUGAACAUAAAGGGAAUUUUCUUCCUCAUUAAAAGUGUAAACUUCAAGUGACGAGCAAUCUUUUUCAACUCUUCCAACAAGGCAAAGAUUGUCUGAUAGUUUAAUUAUAUCAUCCUCAGCAUCGGAGUCAUUUUCUGAGUCUCCUAUUCGAUCAUCUUCUGUCACCUCGACAAUAUCUGACAUCUUCAAGACUUGUUCGGACUUUUCUUUGUCAUAAUUGUCAAAGUUAAAUUCAUCUUUUCCAGUUUGUUGUGAUGGUUCACAUUGCGGUUGAGAUGAAACUUUUUCAUCAUCUUCAUUAGAGUCACUGUCGUCAUCAUCUAUUUGACCUGAUGUUGAUGGACCUCCAAACAUUUCUUGAAAAACUUGGGGAUUUAAAUUUGGUUUUACUCCCUCUGCAAUACUUUUAGAUGCAGCGAUGCCUCUUUUCACUACCUUAAUACAUGGUACAAAAAACACAUCAGGUUGGGAAUCUUCAAGUUCAUCAUUGAUUUCCAUUAUGUUCUUUUUAAAAACUUCUCAUUUAGGGCGAAUAUCGACGAUCAACAAAAGUGUGUGAGUUCGGACUAAACAUCAAAAAUCCGUAGUCCGU